GAGGAGGCUCUUCUGAGGCUGCUGCCAGUGGUCAAAGUCUCUAAAAAAGCUCUACUGUCUGGAUGUAAUCUCUCAAAGAGAAGCUGUGAGGCUCUGUGCUCCUUUCUCAUCUCCCAGUCCUCUACUGUGAUUAAGCUGGACCUUAGUAACAACAACCUGCAAGACUCUGGAGUAAAGCUUCUGUGUGCUGGAUUAAAGAGUCCAAAUUGUACACUGGAAAAUCUGAGUCUGUCAGGCUGUCUGAUCACAGAGGAAGGUUGUACUUCUCUUGCCUCAGCUCUGAGUUCCAACCCCUCCCAUCUGAGAGAAUUGGACCUGAGUUACAAUGAUCCAGGAGGCUCAGGAAUGAAGCUGCUGUUGGCUGGACAGAAGGAUCCACGUUGGAGACUGGACAUCCUCAGGGUGGAGCCUGCUGGAACCCGAUGGUUGAAACCAGGUCUGAGGAAGUAUUCCUGUCAACUCACAAUCGACACAAACACAGUACACACAGACCUCAAACUGUCUGACAACAAUAGGAAGGUGACGCGUGUGAAGGAGGUUCAGUUAUAUCCUGAUCAUUCAGACAGAUUUGAUGUUCGUCCUCAGCUGCUGUGUAGAAAUGGUCUGACUGAUCGUUGUUACUGGGAGGUCGAGUGGAGAGGAGAAGUUUAUAUAUCAGUGAGUUACAGAAGAAUCAGAAGGAAAGGAGGCAGUGAUGACUGUGUGUUUGGAUGGAAUCAUGGGUCCUGGAGUCUGAUCUGCUCUGAAGAUGGUCCUCGGUCUGCCCUUCACAAUAACAUACAAACACCCAUCUCCUCCUCCUCCUCCAUCUCUAAAAGAGUAGCAGUGUAUGUGGACUGUCCUGCUGGCACUCUGUCCUUCUACAGAGUCUCCUCUGACUCUCUGAUCCACCUCCACACCUUCAACACCCCAUUCACUGAAACUCUUUAUCCUGGGUUUAUGUUCUGGUCUUCUGGUUCGUCAGUCUGUCUGUGCUGAGUUGUGUGUAAAGAGUGUCCUCCUGUUAGAGAAACACUCUGACUGAUGAACAGAUAGUUCACUCUAUACAACCCUGUCUCUUUCACUCAGAAACAUGUUUUCAGAUUCAUGGAUUCAAUCAGUUCAUGUUUUAAACUCUUCUAAAUGAUUCCUUGUAAAUCUCUUCCUCUUCAGUCCUUAAAAGAUGGAAUCUACCAUUAUUACAGGAUCCACAUGUUGUUUCUUUGUCUUUUUCCAUUCAAAGCUUCAUAGUGAAUAUCAGUAUGUUGUGCUUCUCUGAAGCUCAGUUCACAACCAGCUUCUCUGCAUUUUCGAAAGGUCUGAGAUCAGUAAAAUGAAUCCAAAUGUUUGAUUUCUCUUUCUUAAUGUGAUUUUUCUAAUGUCUGGCUAAAUAAAUGAUCAUCCAAUGGUACUCAAUGUAUAAAAUAUUAAAGACAUUUAGCAUCUCA